AUGGAUAACGUUAGGUUAUUUCGAAGGGUGAAAUAUGUAAAGAGAGACAUUUAGCAGUGCCAUCAGUCAAGUUCUGGAAGUUUCUCUUCUUUGUGGAUUUAACGUUAGCCGUUUGGCGAAGAUUUCAAGGACGUUUAAUAACUUAAUUCUUGCCACCAUGACUCUUCUCAAAGCAAAAUGCUCCCACUGUCCCACUGUUCCCGUGGAGAAGAGGAACGCCAGCCUCCAUCAGAUGCACAUCCUGGAGUGUUCAUUAGGAGUGUUUCAGCAGGACUCUCAGGGCCCUAAAUGAUCCAACAUCUCCAUGCAAACUCACCCCGCAACCCAACUGCACCCAUGAGCUCCACCUGAGCUAGAGGACGCCACCAGCCCCCCCUCCCACCUCCCCUCACCCUGCUGGACUUACUUUGACGCGCAUAUUUUUGGGAACUCUUCUUCCACAAUGCCGUGGGAAUUUGGACUUGUACUGCUGUUCGUCCUUGCUCCACAAGCUGCUGGAAUUAAAGGGGGUGGCGUCACGCUAGACUCCCGGGCUGUUGGCUCCCUACGUUUGGCGGAGCUGCUGAAAAUGUCCACGCAAACAGAAGGGUCAGGAUUCGAAGUGGACAGACGUCGACCCAGGAGGUCUGUGUUUCUACACUCUGGAGUGAGAAUCUGCCCCCAAGAGAGCAUCAAUGAAGUGCUCGCCAGCCAUCAGGCGUAUUACCAGCUCAGAGUUUGUCAGGAGGCUGUGUGGGAGGCGUUCAGGAUCUUCUUCGACAGGAUCCCGGGGACGACGGAGUACCAGAAAUGGGUUCACACGUGUCAACACGAGUCGCUGUGCAUCUCCGACCUCGCCAAAAACUUCAGCAGCUCCGAGGAGCACAUGAGCAUGAUUCACAGGAGGAUGAGCAGGAUGAGAGACAGGCGGCCUCCAUCACGAAGAGUAGUGACUCCGGCACCGACGCAGAGGAUCCCCGAGAAAGCAGGUGCAGAGGUUCAGACUAUCGCCCCAUCAGUGGCCACAACGGUUACAGUGAGCACCACCACUGUCCUCCUCAGCCCUGUGAGUGCCUCUCCAAGCCCCGGCCUCGAGCAGACCCAGCCAGCCGAGGAGGUCGAGGAGGACUUAGAGCUUCCUAACGUGGUCCCUGAGAGUCCAGUGCAGCAGAUUGUGGAGUUCACUAUUGACCUGGUGGAUCCGGGUUACAGAGAGCUGCUGGACGAUCCAGACUCCCCUCAAUACAUCGACCUGGCUCACCACCUGCAGGACCAGAUGCAGCAUGUUUUUGACAAACUUCCAGGAUUUAAAGCCAUCCAUGUGCUGGGAAUCAGGCCCGGAGGAAUCUCAGUGCACUACUCUCUCGUCUUUGAGAUUAAUUCACCCAAAAUCACCUCUGAGAAUUCAGAAACGGAGACCGGCACCUCGGAGUCUUCAGUCAACUCUGGCCUCAGGGAAAUGAUGACCAAGGCUUUGCGUGAAGAGGCCUCACUGCCAAUCGAUCUGGACUCUCUUAACUUUGAACCAGAAGCAAUCCUCCUACCAGCACUGACCGCAACCUCCACAGUAGAAGUAGUGAAUGAGUCCGGUGAGCCCGAUUCACAUAACGAGUUAGAAGUUUUCACUGAUGAGCCAGAAGUUGAUAAACCUCGGCUAGUGGCUCCCCUCACACCCAUGGAGAAGGAAAAUGCCCUUGUGACCCUGCUAGAUCCCACGGCUGUCCCAGAUGAUGAGACGACGGCAGUGACUGGUGGGAUGGCGGAGAGCAGCAAUCAUUCCCUGGACUCAGGGGAUAUUACUGAUGAGUCAGAGGCAAUUUAUGUGAGUGAGCCCGAGCCGUCAAAUGAGGAAGAGGAGGUAGAAGAAUUGCCGAUCAUUACACACGAGAUUGAAACCAUUCAUCACGAUGAAACUGGUGAACUUGUGAGAGACUAUAUCCCAACCCCUUCUGUGAUGCUCGAGCUGGAUACAGAUGCUCCAUAUAUCAGUCUGUCUCCCAACUUAAUAUCAGAAGAAGACCUGACUCCCAUCGAUGAGGAAAGUGAGAAUCCUAGUUUAGAUGUUGUUAGUACCACCACACAAAUAUUACUAACUACAAUUCCUGUCGGAGAGGAAGUGUCUGAUGUGGGACUCCCAAUAACAACUCUUUCAGGUUUCACAGACCAGCCGCCCACUGAGCCAAUAGUAAACCUUCAAGAAGAUGAAGAAAUUAAUGCUCUCCCAGAUGAGGAAGUGGCUGAAUUGGGUGUCCCCAAACCAUAUGACCCUGAUGAGGUCUUGGAAACAGUGGCUCAGGGUGUUGAGUUGGAAACUGAGGUUGAUUUGCAAGAACCAGAGAGAGAAUUAGUGGUGGAACAUGAUGAAGAAGAGUUUGAGGCUCUGCAGCCAACACCUGAUCAAACUGAAAUUUAUGAAGCAGAGGAAGGGGAAUUAGAGGUUUUGGAGCCAGAGGAAGAUGUAGUUAAAGAGGAAGAUUUGGCUGAAGUUUCAGAGCCACAGGAAGAGUUAGCUGGAGUCUCUGAGCCAGAGGAAGACGUAGCUGAAGAGGAAGAUGUAGUUGAAGUUUCAGAGCCAGAGGAAGACGUAGAUGAAGAGGAAGAUGUAGCUGAAGAUUUAGAGCCAGGGGAGGAGGUUGCUGAAGUUUCAGAGCCAAAAGAAGACAUAGCUGAAGAGGAAGAAGUAACUGAAGAGGAAGAUGUGGCUGAAGUUUCAGAGCCAGCGGAAAAGGUAGCUGAAGAAGAAGAUUUAGCUGAAGUUUCAGAGUCAGAGGAAGAAGUAGCUGAAGAGAAAGAUGUAGCUGAAGUUUCAGAGCCAGAGGAAGAGGUAGCUGAAGAAGAAGAUGUAGCUGAAGUUUCAGAGCCAGAGGAAGAGGUAGCUGAAGAAGAAGAUGUAGCUGAAGUUUCAGAGCCAGAAGAAGAGGUAGCUGAAGAAAAAGAUGUAGCUGAAGAUUCAGAGCCAGAGGAAGAAGUAGCUGAAGAGGAAGAUGUAGCUGAAGUUUCAGAGCCAGAAACAGUUGCUGAGGAGGAGUAUGUUACCAAAGUUUCAGAGCCAGAAGAAGUAGCUGAACAGGAAGACAUAGCUGAAGUUUCAGGGCCAGAGGAGGAGUCUGUGGUGGAAGAUCAAAAUGAGGUAGCAGCUUCAGAACCAGAAGAAAUAGAGGAGACAGAGCUCCCUGAAAUUUCAGAACCAGUUGAGGUUUCAGAGCCAGAAAAAUAUGAACCAGAGGCAGAAACAGACAGUGGUGCAUUUCAGAUUUUGAAUGAAGGAGUGGAAGUUUUGCAACUAAAUGAGGACAUAGUUGAGGUUACAGGAGAGGUAAAUCGGGAACCAGAAGAAGGUAUAAGUGAGGUGCCAUAUCCACUUCCAGAACCUGCAAAAGAUGACGAGGUUUCAAAACAAGCUACAGAAGUAGAAGACGAUUCAAAACUUGCUGGGGAUGUAGAUGAGGUUUAUGAACAAGAAGAUGAGGUGGUUGAACCCACAGGACCAGAAGAAAUAGUAUUUGAAGUUUCCAAGGAAACAGUACCUGAAGUGUCUGAAUUGGAAGUAGAGUUAGUUAAGGAGGAAUCAGCUGAUGUUUUGAAACCUGUAGAAGGAGAAGAAGAGGUCGCUGAGGUUUUAGAACCAGAGGAUGAGGCUGUAGAAUCGGAAGAGGACGUGGUGGAGAUUUUUGAAGAAGAAGAAGUUAACCAAACUCCAGUGCCAGGUGAAGGUGUGUUUGACGCAUCAGCACCAGCAUCUGAACCAGAAUUAGCACCAAAACAGGAGGGGCAUGAAACUGAAGUGGCAGAACCAGGAGAUGAGGUAGUUGAGGCUGCAGACUCAAAGGAGCCUGUAAAGGAUUCAACUGAAGAAGUGGUAGAGGUUGUAGAGAUAGCUGCAGAACCAGCAGAAGAGUCAGAAGAAGUAGCAGAUGUAACACAACCAGAGGAGGAUGUAAUUGUAAAUGUAAAACCAGAGGAAGUGGUUCCACUACCAGAGAAAGAGCCCGUGGACAUUGCUGAACCACAACCUCCACCAGAGGCUGGAAAAGAGACAGCUGAUGUCUUUGAGCAAGAACAAGAGGAGGUAGUAGAGAAUCCAGCAUCAGAACCAGGAGAAGGCAUAGAUCAUGUUACACCAGGUACAAAAGAGUUACCUGGGCUUUCAGAGCCAGAAUCAAAAGAGGAAGUAGUAGUUGAUGUCCCAGAACCAGAAGAGGAAGGAGUUGAUGUCCCAGAGCCAAAUCCAGAAGAGGGGAUAGUUGAGGAACUAGAACCAGAAGAUGAUGUUACUGAACCGCCAGCUGAAUCAGUUAAAAUCUUUUACCCCUUGGACGGCAGGGAAAAUCUUCACUUCAGAGAGGAUACUUCUCAGGUUGUUGAAGAUAACGAGUUUCUUCCACCAGUCAAACCGGACUAUCACCGGCCACAUGAGGAAGAUAACUUAGCCAUCAUACCAGCAGACAUCCAACCUUCUGAUGAAGAUGUAGGUGAACCUGAGCAUGAAUAUCCCAUUAUUGAGGAUGUUGAAAGCGUAGACACACAAGUGGACAGUGACACUGGGGCCGCCCCAUCUACAGAAAUGUCAAAUAGUGAUCCACAGUUUGAAACUGCUUUUGAUGCUGCAGAGGUGACAGCUCCAGACAACCACGACACAUCAGAGGGCACCAAAGUCACAGAAGACUUGCUGCAGGAGACACAACAAAGUGAUUUAUUCCCAGAGAGAGACAUCAGUGUAACGGCAGCACCAGUUUCAGACGUCCUCCCUACACCUCCGGCAACUUCUAUUGCUGUGUCUGAAGUGUCCGCACCCAUUCCGACUAUAGACUCCGGACUCUUUGAGGUAGCAGAGGAAUCUGUAAUCCCCUUGGCUCCUGAGUCUUCAGAGGAUGAUGGCUCAGAGCCAGAGGCGGAAUCAGAGUCGUCUGUCAUUAUUAUCGAUGAAGACUUGGAAGGGGCAGUGCCUAAAGGAGGUGAAAGCCAAACCAGCCCACCUUCAGUGACAGAAGAUGCCAUUGAUGAGGUUGUAAGGGACCUGGCUGUGGAGCUGGAUCAAAUGGAUGUAGUAGCCACAGAGGCAAACGAGCUGCCAGAGGAGGGGAGUGGCUUCACACCUGUGGGUGAGCGACAUACCACCAUCAGUGUCACAGCCCCACCUCCAAUGAGAUACGUGACCACACCCUACAUGACCACAGCCAGCCAAGGCAGAGAGCUGGUGGUGUUCUUCAGCCUGCGUGUCACCAACAUGAACUUCUCUGCGGACCUCUUCAACAAGACGUCUUUAGAGUACAGAACCCUGGAGAAUGCCUUCUUAGACAUGCUCAUGCCGUACUUGCAGGCAAACCUGACAGGCUUCAAAAAACUGGAGAUUCUUAACUUCAGGAAGGGCAGCGUGGUUGUCAACAGCAAAAUGAAGUUUGCAAAGUCGGUGCCGUACAACAUCACCAGGGCCGUCCACUGCGUCCUGGAGGAGUUCUGCUCCGCCGCCUAUAAGAACCUGCACAUCCAGAUUGACACCCACUCUCUGGAUGUUGAACCAGCUGAUCAGGCGGACCCCUGCAAGUUCCAGGCCUGUGAUGAGUUCGCUCGCUGCGUGGUGAACAGCCGGACGAGGGAGGCUCAGUGUCUGUGUGAACCAGGCUUCCUGUCGGUGGAUGGUCUGCCCUGUCAGAGUCUGUGUGUUCUGCAGCCUGACUACUGCCAAGGAGGGGACUGUCACAUACUCCCUGGACACGGAGCUGUGUGCAGAUACAAAGACAGCUACUCUCUCCCAGGCCUGGCCAGUUAAGAAAAAAUAUCAGAUUGGACGUCACCUGAGAAUACUACAAAAGACUUGAUGAAACAGGACUUGGCAGUAGGACCUCCAGACUCAUUGCGGCCUCACAGUUAAAAAUCAGUGACAAUACAGAGCUGAAGAGCUUUCAUGACAAACUGUUCGCCUCCAAACUCUGCAGAGCUUCAAGCUUCAUAUCAGAGGACGAUCUCCUUUCAGGGUAAACAGACAUUAAAGCCACUGUGGAAUACUGUCAGAUGGCCGUCGUCUGCAGCCACGAGCAGCAGGAUGACAAAAAAGGAGGUCAGCACACGACUCUGCAGCAUCAAUAGGGUGGAUAUUGAUCACCCUGGACUAUUUUUGCACACAUCAGCUGACUCUGUUUGUAUUUGUGUAGCAAAUAGUUUAAGAAUACAUAGGAUCUGCUGCAAAAAGCUCUUAAAUUUGGAAACUAAAAAAAGGAACCUCGGACCAGGGAUCUGUAUUUUUGUAUUUGUUUAGCUCAAUUAACACUGUAAAGACCUUCAGUACUGGAUGCCCACAUCAUUUCACAGCUUAAUACAAACAUUCAUGACCCUGUUGUAAACCUGAACCUCAUAAGCUUGGAAUGAAGAUCAGGAUCACUGUGGACAAGUUUCAGUAGUGACAAACAGGAGAAUGCAGGUGAUUUACUGGCCAUCUACACCCAUGGUUUCCAACCUUCUUUUUAGGUUAUGACCCUUUUUAAAAUCAAGCGAUAUUUGAAGCUGGUUGUAGUUCCAAGGUGAUAGCUAAAUUUUUGAUCUGUAACAUGAUCACCUUUUUGUCAUGUACAGUUCAUGUAAAUCUAUCUACAGAUUGCUGCUUUUGGGGGAAAACACACCAAACUGUAACUUGGACUUUUCUUAUUUUAAAUGUUUGUCAUCUAAAUGUUGGGUUUCACAUUUAAUAGUUGAAAAUACAAACUGUGCUGAAUAAGAAA